AUGCGUCUGCUACACUACAAUACCGAUGGCGGGUUCAGCCUGGCCGAGUUCUUUGAAGGCGACAUACCCAAGAAGUAUGCUAUACUUUCACACAGAUGGGGAGCAGAGGAGGCCACUUUCAAGGAUCUAACAGACGGUACGAGCAAAGGCAAGGCUGGGCACGGCAAGAUACAGUUCUGCGGAGAACAGGCAAGACGUGACGGCUUACAAUACUUUUGGGUGGACACCUGCUGUAUCGAUAAAUCCAAUGCUGUCGAGCUUCAGGAAGCUAUCAACUCGAUGUUUCGCUGGUACCGCGAUUCGGCUAAGUGCUACGUUUAUCUGCCAGAUGUUUGGCGGCCUCGAACCGAUUCGGCUGAUAGGUCCUGCGAGGACUGGGUAUCGAUAUUUCGGAGAAGCGAAUGGUUUAAACGAGGCUGGACUCUGCAAGAGCUUAUUGCGCCGGCAUCAGUCGACUUCUUCUCUAAAGAAGGAGAGCUAUAAGGAAAUAAGGCCUCCUUAGAACGAUACAUCUGCGAGGCAACAGGCAUUCCAGCCAGGGCUCUUCGAGGGAGCCCUUUGUCUGAUUUCAGCGUUGAUGAGCGAUUAUCGUGGGCAGCAAGUCGUGAGACUUUUCGCCAGGAAGACAAAGCAUACUCACUACUUGGCAUUUUUAAUGUCAAUAUGUCGCUUAUCUAUAGCGAAGGAAAGGAAAAUGCGUUGAGACGGCUAAAGAAGAAGAUCCAGAAAUUGCAGACAGGUGAAUACCUAAUAAAUCGCUUUAUUAUUAGCUAUCUACUAAUCACUUUUUAACAGGAGACGAGCAGAAUCAGGGAGCCCUUUGUCUGAUUUCAGCGUUGAUGAGCGAUUAUCGUGGGCAGCAAGUCGUGAGACUUUUCGCCAGGAAGACAAAGCAUACUCACUACUUGGCAUUUUUGAUGUCAAUAUGUCGCUCAUCUACAGCGAAGGAAAGGAAAAUGCGUUGAGACGGCUAAAGAAGAAGAUCCAGAAAUUGCAGACAGGUGAAUACCUAAUAAAUCGCUUCAUUAUUAGCUAUCUACUAAUCACUUUUUAAAAGGAGACGAGCAGAAUCCACUUGACCCUGAAAGCCAAAGUUGUAUACAAGACCUGCGGAUAACAGAUCCCCGGGAGGAUAAGAAGCGGAUUGAAGACACGAAGGGCGGGCUACUGCGAGACUCUUACCAAUGGAUCCUUGAACAUCCCGAUUUCCAGCAAUGGCGCGACGAUACACAGAGCCGGCUACUCUGGGUCAAGGGUGACCCUGGUAAAGGUAAGACGAUGCUUAUUAGCGGCAUCCUCGAUGAAUUGAGCCCUUCGACGAAGCUAAGAGACAAAGCGGCAACCACACUAUUGUCGUACUUCUUCUGCCAGGCUACCGAUGGCCGCAUUAAUAAUGCGUCAGCCGCGCUCCGCGGUCUUAUCUACCUACUCAUCGACCAGCAACCAUUGCUCAUCUCGUAUGUGCGGAAAAAGUACGACCACGCUGGCAAGGCCCUUUUUGAAGAUCCAAACGCAUGGGUUGCAUUAUCCGAAAUCUUCACUAGCAUUCUACAAGACCCAAGCUUGACGAGCAUCUAUUUGAUCAUCGAUGCGCUCGAUGAAUGUAAAGCAAAUCUUGACCAGCUUUUGGAUCUAAUUAGUCGAACUGCCUCAACAUCCACUCGCGUGAAAUGGAUUGUAUCAAGCCGUAACGAACCUAACAUUGAGGCGCGGCUGAGACUUGAUCAUACGCAGACGAGGCUUAGCCUUGAGCUCAACAAGGAGCAUGUCUCUCGCGCUGUCCAGUUGUUUAUCGAUUUCAAGGUUUCCAAACUCCGACUUAUUGAGGACGACGGCGAGCUACAGGAGAUAAUUCGAGGUCAGAUAUACGAUAAGGCCAAUGGGACAUUUCUUUGGGCAGCUCUUGUCUUAAAGGAGCUUGAGCCCGUAGAGAGCUGGGACGUGCUCGAUGUGCUUCAGGAUAUGCCGCCAGAGCUAGAACCACUCUAUAAUCGGAUGCUAUGUCAGGUUGAACAGCUACAACACAGCGAUCCAGUGUUCUGCCGUCUCGUCCUUUCUACUAUAACGCUUGCGUACCGCCCACUCCACCUGCUCGAGGUAGGGGCCCUCUCUGAUCUGCCUGAGAAAAUGUCUGCCAAUCUCGAUAAAGUCGUGAAGGUUGUCAAUAAAUGCGGCUCGUUUCUCACUAUACGAGAGAAUCGGACGUAUUUUAUCCAUCAGUCGGCAAAGGACUUCUUACUUGAAAGGGCAUUUGAUAGAGUAUUUCCAUCUGGAAUGGCGGAUAUAACCUAUACUAUGUUCUCAAAAUCACUCGAGAUUAUGUCUAAAACGCUUCGACGCGACAUCUACGAAUUGCGCGCCCCUGGAUUCCAGAUUGAAAUGGUCGAGCCGCCAGAUCCAGAUCCACUCGCAGCAGCGCAAUACUCCUGUCUCUAUUGGGUUGACCAUCUACUUGACUGUGAUAGAGGACACACUACGAAUGAUGUUGUAGACGGUGGCUCCGUUCAUCUGUUUUUAAAAAGGAGUUAUCUAUUCUGGCUUGAGGGGCUCAGCUUAAUGAAAAGCUUGCCAGAUAGUAUCGUGAUGAUAAUGAAGCUUGAGAACUGGAUUAAGGUAAGUUAUAUUACGAUUUUGAGGAUGCCUUUAUAGAAGACUCUACUAACAUGAACAAGUUCAAUGAAAGCCCUAACGUACAUGCGUUUAUACACGAUGCUAGGCGCUUUGCCGUAUCCACCCGAUCAAUUAUUGAACAAGCGCCUCUUCAAGCGUAUUGUUCAGCUCUUGUUUUCGCACCAGAGAAGAGCAUUGUUCGAGAAGCGUUCGAGAGCUGUAUUCCACCUUGGAUCCAGACAAAGCCUAGAGUCGAAAUGUACUGGAAUGCGAUGCUACAAACCCUCGAGGGCCAUACUGAUUGGGUCAGCUCAGUCGCCUUCUCCCCUGACGGCAAGCAGAUCGUGUCUGGGUCUNAGAAGAGCAUUGUUCGAGAAGCGUUCGAGAGCUGUAUUCCACCUUGGAUCCAGACAAAGCCUAGAGUCGAAAUGUACUGGAAUGCGAUGCUACAAACCCUCGAGGGCCAUACUGAUUGGGUCAGCUCAGUCGCCUUCUCCCCUGACGGCAAGCAGAUCGUGUCUGGGUCUUGGGACAGCACCGUCCGGCGCUGGGACGCAGCCACGGGACAGCAGCUACUGCCAGCCCUCGAGGGCCAUACUCAAACCGUCACCUCAGUCGCCUUCUCCCCUGACGGCAAGCAGAUCGUGUCUGGGUCUGGGGACAGCACCGUCCGGCGCUGGGACGCAGCCACGGGACAGCAGCUACUGCCAGCCCUCGAGGGCCAUACUCAAACCGUCACCUCAGUCGCCUUCUCCCCUGACGGCAAGCAGAUCGUGUCUGGGUCUGGGGACAGCACCGUCCGGCGCUGGGACGCAGCCACGGGACAGCAGCUACUGCCAGCCCUCGAGGGCCAUACUCAAACCGUCACCUCAGUCGCCUUCUCCCCUGACGGCAAGCAGAUCGUGUCUGGGUCUGGGGACAGCACCGUCCGGCGCUGGGACGCAGCCACGGGACAGCAGCUACUGCCAGCCCUCGAGGGCCAUACUCAAACC